AUGACAAUAUGUUCUGCCUUGACUAUUCGCCUGAGUUUCUCUUGUGGGCUCUGCGUCCCCGAGGCUGGCUUCAGCACUGGCACUGUGGAGUCCGGUUGUCUUCAAAUAAAAAUUAGUAGGUUUCAUAAGGCCAUCCCAGAAAAUAUCCAAAUUUAUGACAGGCCGGCCCGCCAGCUCCAUUUGGCGUCCCACCACUCUGGGUCAAACUGCCACCAGCGCCUGGCUGAGGCUUCCUCGCGCCCCCAGCCCACCCAGAGAAGGUCUCCUCAACCUCUGCGCUCCGACUUCCGGGACGCACACACUAGGCGUCAGAGUGACAGCGCCUCAGGGCGUCACAGUGACAGCGACCAGGGAAGCACAGUGACAGCGCCUCCGGGCGUCACCGUGACAGCGACCAGGGAAGCACAGGAGGAAGCGUGUCUGCCUCCAGCUGACAAUGGGGCCUCUGGCUCCGGAGACGCCCUGCCCGCGCCCAUGGCCGCCAGCAUUGACUCCUCCCAGGCUGGUUCACCUGGUGGAGGCUUAGGGACUGAGGUGGCCUCCAUGCUGCCCCACCCUCCGCUACCCAUGCUGCCCCAGGCCACCGCCUCAGCGGCCAAUGCCACCAGUGCUCCACCUGGCCUAGACGCCGCAAUCUUUCCAGGCUCGGCCACAGGCAUUCAGGUCCCGGCCCUGGAGACUUCGAGUAGUGACGCCGCCUCUUUUGAGCAGGAGCUACAGCAGCGUUUGAAGAGCCUCUACCCAGCCGUGGAUGAGCACAAGACUCCACUGCCCAGGUCCUGGAGCCUGAAGGACAAGUUCAGCUACAUUGGCAUCUCACAGAACAACCUGCGGGUGUACUACAAAGAUGACUGGAAAACUCCCAACAUUGCAGCAUCUGUUCAAGCUGCUCAUCCCAUACCAACAGCCUGUGGGAUUUAUUAUUUUGAAGUAAAUAUUGUCAGUAAGGGAAGAGACAGCUACAUGGCAGUUGGUCUUUCUGCUCAAAGUGUGAACAUGAAUAUACUACCAGGUUGGGAUAAAGAUUCAUAUUGUUACCAUGGGGAUGAUGGACAUGUAUAUUGUUCUUCUGGACCUGGACAACCUUAUGGACCAACUUUUACAACUGGUGAUGUCAUUGGCUGUUGUGUUAAUAUUAUCAACAAUACCUGCUUUUACACGAAGAAUGGAGAUAGUUUAGGUGUUGCUUUCAUACACUUAACGCCAAAUUUGUAUCCUACUGUGUGGCUUGUGACACCAGGAGAAGUGGCUGAUGGCAACUUUGGGCAACAUCCUUUUGUCUUUGGUGUAGAAGACUACAUGCGAGAAUGGAGAACCAAAAUACAGGCCCAGAUAGACCAGUUUCCUAUUGAGGAUAGGAAAGGAGAGUGGCAGGCCAUGAUACAAAAACUGGUUUCAUCUUAUUUAGUCCACCACGGGUACUGUGCCACAGCACAGGCCUUUGCCAGAUCUACAGACCAGACUGUUCUAGAAGAAUUUGCUUCCAUUAAGAAUAGACAAAGAAUUCAGCAGUUGGUGUUAGCAGGACGAAUGGGAGAAGCCAUAGAAAUAACACAACUGUUAUACCCAAGUUUAUUUGAAAAAAAUCCCAAUCUCCUGUUCACAUUAAAAGUACGUCAGUUUAUAGAAAUGGUGAAUGGUACAGAUAGUGAAGUACGGUGUUUGGAACGCCAAAGUCCAAAAUCUCAAGACAGUUAUCCUGUCAGUCCUAGGCCUUUUAGUAGUCCAAGCAUGAGUUCCAGCCACGGAAUGAGUGUCCACAGUUUAGCUUCAGGUAAAAGCAGUACUUCGCAUUUUUCUGAAGCCGACUCCAGUCAGUUAAGACGUCAGCUGUGUGUAGGAAAUCAGGCUGCCAUAGAGAGAAUAAUUCACUUUGGCCGAAAGCUACAAGCCAUGAGUGAGCAGCUGAGGAGAGAAUUUGGCAAGAACACAGCAAACAAGAAAAUGCUGAAGGACGCAUUCAGUUUACUAGCAUAUUCGGAUCCUUGGAACAGUCCAGUUGGAAAUCAACUUGACCCAAUUCAGAGAGAACCCGUGUGCUCAGCUCUUAACAGUGCAAUAUUAGAAACUCACAAUCUGCCAAGGCAAGCUCCCCUUGCUUUAGCAGUGGGACAGACCACACAGUGUCUAGAACUGAUGGCUCGAUCAGGAAUUGGAUCCUGUGCAGUUGCCACAGUGGAAGACUACCUACAUUAG